ACAUCAGAAGGCCGUGAUGAGCUCCGCUCAUAUUUUACAUUCAGGGAUAGGCCAGAGUGUUGGCUGAUGAGCUACAGCAACGCCCACGACAUCUCCUUUUGUUCGACAUUGCUUUAUAACUUAGGCCUACCCUUCUAUUGUGUCCUCCUCCACAGACAGUGAUGACCAUCACAAUCUGCAAGUUAUUUGCUUGAGCUCCUCCCAAGUCCUCUUCGCCUAUGAAGGAUUUUCCCGCGUUGGUAGAGCACGGGCUGCUGGAGAGUCCCCUCAGCGUCGAUGGCCCAGAGAGCUGUGGUCAAGCCCAGAAACUCUGUGGUCGAUCAGUUUGUGUGUGUGCGUGCGUUUGAAUAGCCUUUCAGAAAGUGCUGGUCUGGCUGUCACGUGCAGUGCAAGUGGCGAAGUAUGAAUUCGGUGUGACAGGAGGGGAUGUAUGUGCUUGUGAAAUUGCGUGAGAUAGAGGAAGCAUCGGUGUGUGUGACUGAAUAUACUAGGACUCUCUCAUAGAUUUGCUAUAUUUUGCAUCCCGAGCUUAGGACAGAUAUUUUCUCGACCGUACGAUCUUUUGUAGCUACAUCUCGGAUGUCAAAGCUAACAAAAUGUUAGCAUUACAUCUACGGACAGAUAUGGGGAGAGGGGGUGUCGGGAGGUGUUAAGCGGCCUUAGCCUGGAGAAUUCAGCCGAGCAUUCUGGGGGAUGGAGUUGACCGGUUCCUGUGGUGGAAAUGGGCGUAAAGUUUCGUGAGUUCCAGUGGUGGGGAAAGCCUUUAUAGUGGUGCCGUAUGGCAGGAGGGAGGUCAAGGGAACAUCUGCAUCCUUCACUGUGGGUAAGACGUGAGACUGGUAAUGUGGACUCUAGACGGAUGAUAUUGUAGACGGGUGUGAUUCAUUGUGCAGGUGUGUGUGUGUGUGUGUGUGUGUGUGUGUUAAGUCACUCUAUGGUUUCUGGACUAAAUUGGGUUAUUGGUUGGGUUGUUAGGAGCAUAUUGUGAGGCUCAGUUGAGUCUGACAGAUCCUGAAAAGUCUUGUCUCUUGGGAUCAGUUUGCUAAACAUUAUGAGCGUCACAGAGGUAUUUACUGCCAUGUUAUGGUUCAUUUUUCAACCAAACUGAUAAACUAACUUUGGUAAAUUAUCUAGAAUGUGUGUCCUUUUGCUCCUGGUCUGGCGUUAGUCAUGUAGGGUGUGUAGUGAACCUUUUUCUCAUAAUUUUCAAGAUAAUGUCUUCUUCAGUUCCUGUUGUCUCGUAGUGACAAACACCUUGAUGAGUGUCACCUUCCCUCCCGGCUGUCGCCCUUUGGCCCGUUAAUCAUGACCGAGAUCCGAUUCCAAAGGUCUGUACGGUUUAGUCGAAACAUUGUAAAAGCCUCCUUUGCAGUCGUUCAAGGGACGCACUUCAGGUUGAACAGUCCCAAACCAUGAAUAUCGUGGGCCAGAUUGCGGAGACGGUGUUCGUGACGGUGAAGGAGCUCUACCGGGGCCUGAACCCCGCCACUCUCACCGGAGGCAUCGACGUCAUUGUGGUGCGACAGCCGGACGGAUCGUUCCAGUGUUCUCCCUUUCACGUCCGCUUCGGCAAGCUGGGUGUGCUGCGCUCCAAGGAGAAAAUUGUGGACAUUGAGAUAAAUGGAGAAUCGGUUGACCUGCACAUGAAGCUGGGGGACAAUGGAGAAGCUUUUUUCGUGGGGGAAAAUGAAAACGAGUCCCAGGUCCCAGCCCAUCUGUGCACCUCGCCGAUUCCUCUCGAGAACCCCGAGGAGAUCGAGGAGACCCCUGAGGGAUCCUCCGUCGCCCGCAGGAAGAAACGCCGUCGCAAGCGCAUGCGCUCUGAUACUCACCUGAGAGAAGAGGCCAGCUCCUCGUCGGAUGAGAGAAAACGAGAGAAGGAGUGGGAGAGAGAGAGCGAUCCGGCCGGUCAGGAGAGUCCUGCUAAGGAAGAGUCCGUCAUGGCGCUGCACAUGAGUAAAUCGGUGUACUACUCGCUGUCUGAGGAGCCCAAUGAGGUGCUGGGGGCCUCACAGACCAGAGACACUCGUCACCCUCACUCAGACGGAGAGCAGUCACCCUCGGAGAGCAGUGUGUUCUACAGCCGGCCAUCCUCUCCUAAGAGCGACUCAGAGCUUCUGGUUAAACCCCAAGAGUCCUCUGGGCCUCAGAUGCAGUGGAACUGGGGAGGGUUUCCCAUGCCGCGUCAAUCUGAGAGGACACCAGUGGAGUUGCAGCACGUCUCCCCUUGUGACUGUUCUCACUUCCGCACCAUUGAGAGACAGGACUCCUUUGACAUGGGCCAUGAGCCUGUGAUCAGCUGUGGCAGAGCAGGCAGCGUAACAGUGGUCAGGCCGCAGCCCAGGACUCAGUCCCUAGACCUAUGUAGCCACACAAUGCAAACCUCCCCCUUAUCUGGGGAAGAAAACUCUCACAUUGCAUAUUCCUCCCCCAGUGACCUCUCCAAGUCUUGUGCAUCACCAGCGAAGAUGGACGUGACACAGGCAGUAGAAUCCACGUCACGGGAAGAGGUGAACAGAGACUCAUCUGCUAAUCGAAUGAACGGCACAAUCGGUGUUGAGCACAUUAGCACCGCGACUGACAGUGUGACCGAACCAGACAACGCACAGAUACAACUCAUAAAAGAGAGCGAAGACCGCACGGUCACUGCAACAAGUAGUACAGAGUUGUCUAAUCCACAACAGCAGGGCGCCUCGGCGGAACAAAGCGAACAGGGUACCACGAGCAGUGUCCCCGUCAGCGAGGGGGACAGCGGGAUAGAUCCCUGUGCUGAGGGAGGGGAGGAGGACGGCGGACCUGGAGGGACUGAAGGGUCGCCGACCAACAAAACCGAGGAGUCGGCGAACUCCUCCGAGGCAUCCUCCAAAGUGGAACAACAGGACAAGAAGAAAGGCAAACGCAAUCACCAUCUAGGACCAACUGGUAUUUACUUGGAUGAUCUGACCACGUUGGAACCCAAGGUGGCUGCGCUCUACUUCCCCAAGAGUGAAGCGGAGGGAGCGUCUCAGCAAGGGGCCGACCAGGGCUCCUUCUCCGGGAGCCUGUCGCCUCAGUCGGUGGGCAGCGGGGCCAUGGACAGCGGUACGGAGUACCUGUCAGAUUCCACAUCCUACAACAUGGACAUCAGCAUGUCUAUCUGCGGACAAGAGGGGGACACCAGCCACAUCACCAAAGAAAAGUUCAUGGCGCACAUUGUGACGUACCAGGAUUUUGCCAACAAUCCAGGAAUCAUUGAGGAUCCAAGUCUUGUGAUCUGCAUCAACUCAAACUAUUAUAACUGGGCGGUGGCUGCUCCCAUGGUCUUGUCAAUGACAACGUUCCAGAAAAGCCUCCCCAAGGGCGCGAUAGAGCGGCUGGUGAAGGACAAGAUGCCCAAAAAGUCUGGACGCUGGUGGUUCUCCUGGAGGAAACGAGACAUGGACAAUAACCAGCAAAAGAUCUCAAAAGAGGGACAGGAGGAUUCGCUGGUGAGUGAUCUCUCCGCAGUAAAAGCCACACUGGAUGACAUUGACAGCGAUGAGGUGGCGGGCCUCGGCCGCAAAGCCAUGAUUCCUUCCAACCUUUCUACAGAGACCCUGAACGCCACUCAGUGUAUCACCCAGAUAUACCGCAAAUCACUGCGUCUGACCUCUGAACAGAUAGAGCACUUGAACCUGCGUGAAGGAGCCAACAAAGUGGUUUUCAGUGUGACCACGCAGUACCAAGGCACCUGUCGCUGUGAGGCUGCUAUCUACCUGUGGAACUGGGACGAUCACGUCAUCAUAUCGGACAUCGACGGCACCAUCACUAAGUCGGAUGCUCUGGGUCAUAUUCUACCUCAGUUUGGAAAAGACUGGACACACAAAGGCAUCGCCAAACUCUACCACAAAAUACACCAAAAUGGCUAUAAGUUCCUGUAUUGUUCGGCACGGGCCAUAGGUAUGGCUGCCAUCACUAAGGACUACCUUCAGUGGGUCAAUGACAAAGGCAUUGUCCUCCCUCAGGGCCCUGUGCUGUUGGCCCCCAGCAGCCUCUUUUCAGCACUACACAGAGAGGUUAUUGAGAAGAAGCCGGAGGUGUUUAAAAUUGCCUGUCUCAGCGACAUCAAGGACCUGUUCAACCCGCAGAGAAAGCCCUUCUACGCGGCAUUCGGCAACAGGACUAACGAUGCUUUCGCCUAUAAGCAGGUCGGGGUGCCCGAUACCAGGAUAUUUACCGUCAACCCGAAAGGAGAGCUCAUCCAGGAGAGGACUAAAGUCAGCAAGUCCUCGUACAGCCACCUCAGUGAGUUGGUGGAACAUUUCUUCCCCAUGCUCUCUGUCGGGGGCAGCACGUCCUCUUCGUUGGACUGUCCCGAGUACAGCAGUUUCUCCUACUGGAAGGAGCCUCUGCCAGAACUUGACCUGGAUGCACUACUGUAGACACACACACACACAUCUACCAAAAGCCACACACACGUUUUAAAGCAAACACAUAUACUCUCUUUGUUUUUUUCCUUUUCCAGAAAGGCAUUUGAAAGGAUUAUUCCCACCAUGCCUGAAUAUUGCCUUUGAAUAAACUGGAAACAUAAAGAGGCGACUGUCCCACAAUUAUGUCAUAAUAUGCAUGGACUCGACAUUUCAAAAAUAUGUGUACAAAUCAUGCAGUCCUUAGUCUCUGUGCUUGUUCACAGACUAUGGCUGUUGACACAAUAUUUUGCUGAAUGUAAAAUCCAACAUUGAACACGACACAACUGGACGAAUACGCCUUUGGACAGUUUUUUGUGGUUGUGUGUACCAGUACCAUGGUCAUUCCAAAAUAAUCAAUUUAAACCGUAUUAACACUGUCUUAAUUUCAGCUCUGUACACUAACCAAAAACACAUUUGAGAUGCCUAAAUGCUGCACAUUGCCAAAGCUAUUGCCUGUUUUCUGUGGCUGAUCUGGACAUUUUCAGUUCACUGCUGGGAGCUCGUGCCCAAAGCUCAAACAGACCCAGGCACACACUGCUAUUAAACCAACAUGGCUGUGUAGUUGGCAAAGGAGCGUCGAGGGGGUGAUUUUUAUAGCUACAUGUACCGAUCAACAAAUGUGGUGUGAGACGGUAGUAAGUAUGAGUAAACUGGGGUUUGCCCGGAGCAAUAUUUAGCAUUAUUCUGUUAUUGCGUUUUCUAACUGCCUUUGACUCACCUGAGCUAUAAGUAAUAAGAGCUUUGGAUAGGAAGCUAGAUUUUAGGUGCCAAGUGCUGAAUCAAUCGGUAGCAUUAUUCUUUUCUUAAUACCUGAGGAUUUCAAGUUGAUCUGAGCAUAUGAUUAAUGUGAAACUACAGCAUGCACAUUUCACAUUAUCUUCCUUUCAGGUGCCUCACUACCAAGUUUAGAGAUGUUUGUACAUGAAUGCAGAGGUGAGUGAGACUGACGAUGACUUUUUUUCCAGAGAAGUGUCAACAAACCUCGGAGGGGAACUGUAGUGGUUUAGCCUGGCACUGUGCCUUUGCCCUUUGUACUAUCAUGACUGUCAUAUUUAUUAUGUUUGCAUAUCUCUCGUUGUCCAAUUGUGUGGAGAUGCAUUGGAGCUGAGGAUUUUGCUUUUACUUUUUUAAACCAAAUGUAUAGAAAUAUAAAUAAAUGAAAAUUAAGU